AUGACAGACUACGCGAGCCUCAAGGUCCCUGACCUCAAGAAGUUGCUCCAAGAGCGCGGCCUUCAACAGUCGGGUAACAAGGCAGAUCUCAUCGCGCGACUGCAGGACAAUGACAAGAACCAGGCCGAGGACGUGAUUGACUGGGACGACGAUGACACUAAGAUUGCCUCUGCCGCCACCAAGAAAGAAGAGCCCAAAGCUACCGCUCCUGCUGCUGCCAACGCAAAGACUGACACUGCCGCUGCUCCACCAUCUGCGCCUGUCGAGGCGGAGCCCGCCAAAUCAGUCACUGCCCCUGCUGUAGAAGCCCCUAGCAAUGAGGCAAAGAAACAAGAUGAUGCCUCAAGUGCGCCUGCAGGGGCUGACACCUCUGCCCCAACCGAGGAGAAGCCCGCUGAACCCUCCCAGAGCUUUGCGAUCGGCCUCGAGGCCAGCAAUGCCGACGAGGAGCUCAAGAAGCGCGAGGCACGUGCCAAGCGCUUUGGCAUUACCACUGAUGCCGACUCUGAGGAAGCCAAGAAACUCGAACGAGCCAAGAAAUUCGGCACCGACACCGCAGCAGUCGUCAAGGGUCUUGAUGCGGCUCUGCCAGAGCGCCGCCCGAAGCGUGGUCGUGAGCAGGGCGACCAGGCCGAAGGUGGAGGGAAGAGACAAAACUCAGAACGGCGCAACGGAGGACACAACAAGCCUAGAGGCGGUCGCCGCGGCGGUGGUCGUCCCAACAGGCACGAGGGCGGCGGCGGCGGCGGAAGCAAGAUACUUGCCGACCCGUCCGAGAAGGCGAAGGCUGAGGCCAGGGCUAAACGUUUCGGCGGCGGCAAUUAG